AUAUUGAAAUAGUAAUUCCCCACGUUCUCUUUCCAUCAAAAAUAAAAUUAAAAUAAAAAUGAGAAAGAAAGAAUUUCCCAUUUGAGUCUCUCUAAGGGAACACGAGUUCACGCCCUUUCUCUUUUCUUAUUUUUCAGUUAUUUUUUUCUUAUUAUAUAUAUUGAAAUAGUAAUUCCCCACGUUCUCUUUCCAUCAAAAAUAAAAUUAAAAUAAAAAUGAGAAAGAAAGAAUUUCCCAUUUGAGUCUCUCUAAGGGAACACGAGUUCACGCCCCUGCAAAUCUUAGCUAUAUUUAGGGUAGUUUUCAACCUUUCUUUAUUUUUCAUCUUUUUUACUUCCAUUUUCGAUGCUUCUUUUUUGUUCAAGCUGAGAAAAGCUCUGUCUAGGGUUAGGGUUUAUAAAAUUAAAAGAUUGAUGAAAAAUAGUAAAAAAACCAAUUCGUGUAACCGGAAGCCAUGGCUCUUCAAUGAAACAGGUGAUAAUCGCAACCUCAGGGCUUUGAUUUUCGGUACAGUUGGAACGGUUCGGCCUUUGGUUGUUCCUUUUGUUGUUUAUAUAUGGCGACUGCGAAUCCACAGCCACGUCCGUUUGAGGAGCACGAGCGAGGGACGAUACAGAUCGAGGACGACGAUGGAGACUAUGAAGAUGACGCCAUGGAUGACGAGGAAGACGCUAAUGUCAACUCCGUGAAUGUGGUGGAGCAUGGAAUAGGAGUAGUAGGUGGCGGUGGUGGAGCCGGUGAAGGCGUUGUUAUGGCGUCGAGAACUAGCGAGCUUAGUCUCUCUUUUGAAGGAGAAGUUUUCGUGUUCCCUGCUAUUACACCUGAAAAGGUGCAAGCUGUGCUGUUACUUCUAGGGGGUCGUGAUAUCCCCACUGGUGUUCCAACAAUUGAAGUACCUUUUGAUCAAAAUAACAGGGAUAUAGGUAAUAUUCCAAAUCGCUCAAAUCUUUCAAGACGAAUAGCAUCCUUGGUUAGGUUCCGUGAGAAAAGGAAAGAGAGAUGUUUUGACAAGAAAAUUAGGUAUACCAUACGGAGAGAGGUUGCACAGAGGAUGCAUCGUAAAAAUGGGCAGUUUGCAUCAUUAAAGGAAAGUACCUCAAGCUGGGAUUCUUCACAAGCUGGCCUUCAAGAUGGUACUCCUCGUCCAGAAACUGUUUUCUGGAGAUGUCAACAUUGUGGUGUUAGUGAAAAUAAUACUCCAGCAAUGCGUCGUGGUCCAGCUGGUCCAAGGACUUUAUGUAAUGCUUGUGGGCUUAUGUGGGCAAACAAGGGAACACUAAGAGAUCUUAGUAAAGGAGGAAGGAAUAUUUCCAUUGACCAAACUGAGCCUGAAACACCUGUUGAUGUCAAGCCUUCAAUUAUGGAAGGGGACUUCUCUGGUAACCAGGAUGAACAUUUUAUGCAGGGAAAUCCUUCAAAGGAAGUCACAGAUGGAUCCAAUAAUGCUUCUGUCAACCCAGAUGACAAAGUGGAUAUUUAUUUACAUAUUGAGGCAACUGACCAAGAUUCAGCAGAACAAUCCUCAGAAUUGAAAUAGAUUAUUGAUCCAGUCUAAUAGGUAAUAUAUUCUCUUUCUUGGUAACUUGCAGUUCCACAUGCUGCAGGAUUUGCAUGAAAGUGCAGAAGAUCUUACAAACUCUUUGCCUAUGGGGAUUGUCCAUCCCUUUACAGAUGAUGAUGAACAGGUAUAACAUUACAUUUAUUUAGGGAGGUCUAUAAUAAUAGUGUUCACUGCCCAAUAUCUUGUUUCUGUUCGAAGAAAUAGAUUCUUGUGAGAUUUAAAAAGCUUUGUUUCCUCAUAAUAUAAUUCCCACAGCACAAUAUAUUUGUUUAGACAGGGUUCUGCCUUGUUAUAGGUGUAAUCAGAAAUGAAACAUUUUGUUUUCUGGUUCACCUUCAAAUAAAAGUUCCUAUUAAAUGGGAACACUUAUGAUCAUAUUCAAUUCUUCUCGAAUAACUUGUAAAAGGGGAUUAUACUAAUUCGUUUCAACUGAUACAUAAUAUCACAUGCUAUAGUUUUGUGAUCUGCAGGAACCUCUGGUUGAGCCUGCUAAUCCUUCAGAUACAGAAACCGACUUUCCUUAGUUUUGAUUAGAAGGUUACAAUUGGCUUUGCUCCAAUAAUUUAAAGAUAUGUGAGUAUUAGAAACACUUAAUCCAGCUAGUUCCUCUCACGUCUUCGUGCUUCGUACAGGUCAAAGUUUAUGAUGUUUAUAUGAAGGCAAACAUAGCAGAUUGUGAGUUGCCAUAGUUAGGAAAUCAGUUUGACAUUGAAUCUUAAGUAUAGUAAUCAGAUAUCGACUGGGAAAGACAUGCCACUGCUUUCAGGCUGACAUUAGAAACUCUGAAAGGUUCUCCUUGGUGAUACAAGUGCUGCAAUCUGUGUACAAUUUGUUAGGAAAACUGCCUGAAUUCUUUUACCCGUUUAUAAUUUGUGAUUUGUUUUUUAGGAUGAUUAGUUUUGCUUGGCUGAGAUUUUGUACUUGGCGAUAUCGUGACCUUAAUAGGGGAUCAAAUUCAAAAAAGAAGGCAGUUCACAAUGCUGUAAACGUUGUUUCAA